UCAAUCUCUAUCUCUAUCUGUGUUUCUGUCUCGUGAAUCGCGUAACAUCCCCAUCGAUAUCCCUGCCGCUUAAUCCUCGCUUUAUUAGAAAAUCCCCACGACCAAUUAUCUUUUCUCGCCAUGAAACCUGUUCUCCCUCUUUCAUCACCGCCCUUCACUCUCUCUCUCUCUCUCUAAAAUUGUUCUCUCCAUUUUCUCUCACUAAAAUCGCUUCCCCCGUUCCUUUCAUCCCCACCCUUCUCUCUCUCUCUCUCUCUAAAAUUCUUCUCUCCAUUUUCUCUCACUAAAAUUGCUUCCCCCGUUUUCUGUCACUAAAACUGCUCUCCCUCUAUUGUCUCUCACUGAAAAUUUUUACGCUACGUUCUCUUGAAAAUUGACCGGGAAAUCGUAGGAGAAAACCAGGUUUCUUGGUUUUUUAAUUCCUCUUUCUCUUAUCACUUCAUUCAACCUGGAGAGCGUUUUAUACAGAUUUUGCAGAGUUUCUUGCAUUAUUUGAUAUAUUUUUGGGUAGCCUCGCAGGUCUUGAAGGGAUUCUGUUUCCGUAAAUUCAAAUUUUUUUUCGACCUUUGCUUCGUUGAAUUUUUUGAAUGGUGAUAAUCCCGUAUUUAAAUAACUAGGGUUUCCUUUAGAGAUUGCCGGCUCAAUUUGCCGUGUUUUUUAAAACUUUCUAGGGUUCCCUUUGAUCCUUUUCUGAAUUUAACGGUUUAUUUUCCGUCGAGAAUUAGUGCAACUGCAAGAGAUUGAUAAUUUUCUAAGGAAUUAUUCAGGUCCCUAGGCACCAUUCUGGUGCUUAUGUUUGAUUUUAUAUUUUUGUGAGUUAUCAGGGUUUCUCCAUAAUAUUUUGGACCUGAUUGAAGUUUGUUGCUUUCUGGCUUGAUGUUUCUCUUUCCGUAUUGUUCAUUCUUCUCAAGAAUGCUUCUUGUUUCUAUCUGAUCUUUGAAUAUUUGUCGAUUCUCCAUGAAAUUCUUUUGGUCUUUGUCGUGAUCUUCGAAACCCUUGUGUCUUACCUGAAAAGGUCAAAACAAUAUGAAAUUAUGAAUAAAUAGCUCUGGCCAAUCUGUUAUUCUUUCAUACUUUUAUAGCAUAUCUUUUAUACUUUUUUGUCUCCAUUGCCUCAAAAAGCCAUUUUCGCUAACAAAAGUUAAGGGCAAACACUUUAUUGUGCUCUGAUCCUGAUGUCCUGAGAAAAAUCCUACCUUUCUUGAUGAAGAACAAUGAAUUGAAAUACUUUGUAGGGGAGAGAGAGAAAUGAAAGAUGGAGAAGAAGUUUGAGGCAUUGAAAAACCUUCUCUUGAUACCCAUGGAUAAGAAAUGGCUUUUUCCCAUUAUUGUAACCUUUCUUACAUGCAUAUUUUUCCUGGUUUUUUCCUUUAACCUAGGCCUCCUCUCUUCAUUGCGGCCAAUUAAUUCCAUAAUCUCGAUAUUACCUUCGAGAAUAGCGGUUAACAAGACUUGCCCACUUUUCAUAGAAUCAAAGGCCUCAAAUACAGGAUCCCCAUCUUCAUCUUCCCCUAUACCGAGAAUUGCUUACUUGGUUUCUGGUUCUAGGGGUGAUUUAGAGAGGCUUUGGAGAAGUUUAAGAGCUUUGUAUCAUCCCUUGAACCAGUAUGUUGUCCAUUUGGACUUGGAAUCCCCUGUUACUGAGAGAUUAGAGCUUUCUAUUAGGAUUAAGAAAGACCCAAUAUUUAAACAAGUGGGCAAUGUUCAUAUGAUUACCAAGGCUAAUAUGGUCACCUAUAGAGGCCCAACAAUGGUGGCCAAUACACUUCAUGCUUGUGCAAUUUUGUUGAGGAAGAGCAAGGAUUGGGACUGGUUCAUCAAUCUUAGUGCCUCAGAUUAUCCUCUUGUGACUCAGGAUGAUAUUCUCUUCACAUUUUCAUCAUUACCAAGAGACUUGAAUUUUGUGGACCACACCAGUCGGUUGGGCUGGAAGGAGGCUCAGAGGGCAAAGCCAUUGAUAAUAGAUCCUGGACUGUACAUGUCAAAGAAAUCAGACAUCUUCUGGGUUUUACAGAGAAGAGAUGCGCCUACUGCUUUCAAGUUAUUUACAGGGUCAGCGUGGAUGGUGCUCUCACGUGCAUUCGUAGAGUUUUGCAUAUGGGGUUGGGACAACCUCCCCCGAACCCUCCUCAUGUACUACACCAACUUUGUCUCCUCACCUGAGGGCUAUUUCCACACUGUCAUUUGCAACUCCCCUGAAUUUCGACCCACCGUCGCAAACCAUGAUCUCCACUUCAUCUCUUGGGACAAGCCGCCUCGACAACACCCUCACUCACUCUCUCCAAAUGAUUAUCCCGCUAUGUUGGCCUCUAAUGCCCCCUUUGCUCGUAAAUUUCCAAAAGAUGACCCUGUUCUUGAUGCCAUCGAUUCUCAACUCCUCUCUCGAAAUGCGACUGCUAAUGCUACGUCUUCUGAUCUGGCUUCGAAAUCUGGUUUUACCCCUGGAGGGUGGUGUGCAGGAGAUCCUCUGUGUAGUGAGGUUGGGGACCCCACGAAGCUGCUCCCUGGCCGUGGGGCCCAGCGGCUUAAGCGGCUAUUGGACCGAGUAGUGAGGUCCCCUACGUUUGCUCAGAAUCAGUGCCGCUGAUGGAAAUUCCCAUGUAUACCAGCUUAGUCUCUCUCUCUGUGCUCCUGUAUUGUGCAGGUGAUAUUCAAAUUGGGAUGGGGCAUUGGAGUUUAUUAUUAUUUAUUUUUAUUGUGCUCAUAAAUUCAUACCACCUCUCA